AUGGGUCCACUGAAUGAUCCGGAUGGGCAAUUCCACCGUGCAGUAGAUAUUGUACAAAGUUUACCGAAAGGCGGUCCUGUCCAGACUUCAUACGAAGAAAAAUUAUGGCUUUACUCUUUGUAUAAACAAGCUACAGAAGGAGAUAUAUCAAUUCCAAGACCUGGUAUGUUGGAUAUACUAGGGAAGGCGAAAUGGGACGCGUGGAAUAAACAGAAAGGGAUCGAUAAGAAAGAAGCUAAACGUUUAUAUGUCACUGCUCUGUUGAAAAUACUACGAAAACACGGUGAUUCAGAAGGAUCUCAAGGUCAUAUAGCAGAGUUGGAAUCCUUCGUCGGCGUUCAAGGAUCAACAUUAUCUCUACCACCUCGACCGGUUUCUCCUGCAUCUUCCACAUCGUCAUAUCAUUCAUCACAAGCUUCACCACCUUCUCAACCUUCACCACCUAAAUACCCUUUACUCCCACCAGAUCCACUGCUACCUCCACCGGACGUAGCUGAAGAUAUAGUACCUCCAUCUGCAUUGACCUCUUCUCAUCGAUCUCUUCUUAGCUUAUCGCAGGCAAAUAACAUACCUCCCAUCGAAGGCAAUUAUGGAGGAAUAUCACUUGGUGCACCACAUGUUGCUUCUAGAACGCAUAGUUUGGCUGGAGGUGGCAGGAAUAGUACCCAUGGUGAAAGACCAAACAUCACUGGAGGCUCGAUACAUUCAUUCCGUCAAAGAACGAACGAAAGUAACUAUCAAGGACAAAUGAGAAACCCAGGUGCUGCUAGUGGGUUACCAUUUUCAAGAGAUUUUAUCAAUGUUCAACAACAACAAAGAACACCUGAAAUGAGCUCGUCACCUUAUUUAGGACUAAACGUCCCUACACCGAUAUAUCCGAAUAGACCUGGACCCGGAAGUAAUUCAACUUUUGCUCAAGCACCUAUCAAUAUCCCAUUGGUAUUACAAAAUAUCCAAACUUCAUUGACUGCUCUACAUGAAAGGUUAUCAACUCUGGAAAGAACUCAAGCUAUGAUACUAAGGAAAGAUGAAAGGAAAAAAGGUUGGUUUUGGGGCAGUACAGAAGAAGAUGAGUUAGAUCAACUAGAAGAUGAAAACGAUAAUAUCAAUGGGAACGUCAAUCGGAACGGUAAUAAUAGAUCAAGAACUCGAAGUUCAGAAAGUCAUAUCACAGUGACCAGAGUAAAACGGAGGAAAGGCAAGUUAUCAGCUAGAUUAAUGUGGUAUAUCCUCACUGCGGUACGAAGAGCUUUAGUAGAUGUAGGUGUAGGUUUAUUAGUCACAAUUGCAGGCAUCAUCGUUUUAGGGGGUGGAUGGAGGAGAGCGAGGUGGACUUUGGGUAUACUGCAAGCUAGAUUUCAAAGAUACCUCACUGAAGGACUAAAAUAG